AUGUCUAUCUUAACAUGCUUCCUUUUCCUUCUCAGCUUAACCCCUUAUGCAGCUUCCCUUAGUUUCGAUUUCCCAAAUAUUACUCCAAACGAAAACCAGAAGAUAAAAACAUCAGGGGGUGGAGCUUAUAUCUCUGACCAAGGAAUCCAGGUGACCCCUGAAAACAAUCGUCAAUUAGGGAACAGGACAGCAGGCAGGGCAACAUACAUCACACCGCUUCAUCUGUGGGAUAAGAACUCUACAGAGCUAGCCAGCUUCUCUACAUAUUUUUCAUUUGUUAUUGAUUCAAACAAUAAUACUAAUUACGGUGAUGGCCUCACAUUCUUUCUUGCUCAGAAUAAAUCUAUGUUUGAAUCAGAUUUGGGAUAUUAUUAUGGUGGAGGAGCCAUGGGGCUUCCGGUCAAUGUCACCACCAACCUCGGAACUGUUCCGUUUGUCGCGGUAGAGUUUGAUACAUAUUAUAACCCUAGUUGGGAUCCAACCCCACAAGAUCAUGUAGGCAUAAACAUCAAUAAUCUUUCUUCUGUUAGCUAUGGGUAUUGGAGGAACAAUAUAGAAUAUGGGAAAGAGUGUCAAGCUUGGAUUAACUAUGAUUCUGUUUCCAAAAAUCUUAGUGUUUCCUACACCAAUAUCGGAGAUGAUAUAGAUGGACUUUAUUACACCAUUGAUCUAAGGGAGGUGUUGCCAGAAUGGGUGAUUUUUGGGUUUUCAGCAGCAACAGGUGCCUCGUUCCAGAAAAACAAUGUAAGGUCUUGGACUUUUAAUAGUUCUAUUCUACACAUUGACGAAAAAAUUGACAUACCACCAACCAUUAGCCCCCAAAACAUUUAUCAGAACAACACGCUACCACCAUCCACAAGUCCGGAUUCAAUGAAGGAGAAGAAGAGGACAGGAUAUAUAGUGAAAUUGAUUGCUGGAGUCUCUGUUGUACUUGCUUUGUUGGUUAUUGUUACAAUUGUUUGUUGGAAAAUGAGGAAAAACAUGGGAGAUGAAGUUGACGAAUUUGGAUCUGGUCUGGAGAUGAACAAUGAAUUCACAAUGGGCAUCGGACCUCGAAGAUUCUCUUACCGUGAAUUAGCUCGGUCAACUGGUGGCUUUUCAGAGAAAGAAAAGCUAGGCGAGGGUGGUUUUGGAGAGGUUUACAAAGGGUUUCUGGAUGAUUUGAAAAUAUAUGUUGCAGUGAAAAGGGUGUCCAAGAAUUCCAAACAAGGGAUCAAGGAGUACGCAGCAGAAGUAAAGAUCAUUAGCCGAUUGAGGCACAAAAAUCUCGUCCAAUUGACUGGUUGGUGCCACGAGAAAGGAGAACUUUUGCUUGCUUAUGAGUUUAUGGAAAAUGGAAGCUUAGAUUUACAUCUCUUUAAUGGAAACAGCUUGUUAGCAUGGGGAACAAGGUACAAGAUUGCCUGUGGUCUGGCCUCUGCUUUGCUAUAUCUACACGAAGAUUGGGAGCAAUGUGUUUUGCAUAGAGAUAUAAAAUCGAGUAAUGUGAUGUUGGACUCAAAUUUCAAUGCUAAGCUUGGCGACUUCGGGUUAGCUAAAUUGGUCGACCACGAGAAAGGCUCACAGACUACAAUGUUGGCUGGGACUUUGGGUUACAUGGCUCCUGAAUGUGUAGUAACUGGAAAGGCAACCAGAGAAUCAGAUGUGUUUAGCUUUGGAGUUGUUGCAUUGGAAAUAGCUUGUGGGAGAAAACCCAUCGUAUAUAAGGCUCAAGAAAACCAAAUACGAUUAGUAGAAUGGGUUUGGGAGCUAUAUGGGACUGGGACACUUUUAGAAGGGGUAGAUCCACGGCUAGGGUCAGAUUAUGUGGGAGAAGAGAUCACACGUGUGAUGAUCCUUGGGCUAUGGUGCGUGCACCCUAACCCAGAUAUUCGCCCUUCAAUGAGACAAGUUAUUCACAUUCUGAACUCCGAAGCUUCUCUACCCAUACUCCCCUCAAAGAUGCCGGUGGCUUCUUAUUUGUCGUUUCCCAUGUCUUCAUCAUAUGGCGUGGCUUCUGUCAUCCAAGACCAAUCAUCAAGUGGUGCAUCUAAAUCGGAUUCUUCAGAGAAAACAACAUCAUCGACAGUCUCUUCUCAUUCUCCAUAUGUAUCACUGUUGCAUUCAGAGUAA